AUGGACUUGACCAGCAAUGGAGGAAUUUACCUGCCAGAACAAGUUCCUACCCUCAGUCACUCCAGGCUGAAGGCUCUCAGUACGCUUCCCUAUGGGGAACUGUGCUACCAGUUACUCUCUGAGUUCAUUCCGAAAGAGUCUUUGAAUCAGUCCGGUAGGUCUGCAUUCUGCGCAGAUUUACUGCAUUGCGUCUUUGGUAUUCAGUUCAUCUUAAACCUAUUCUCUUCUUUUCUUCUUAUAGACUUCUCAGCAAGCAUUUUUGAAGAAUUUGAUGAUCCGAAGGAAGUGAUUCACGUUACCAAGCUUAAAGGAGGCCUCAAUAUAGCAGAGCUCUAUUUGGGACCAACUCUUGCCUUCAAGGACCUUGCAUUGUCUGUGGUGGGAAGUCUUGUUGACAGCCUCUUGAAGAAGAAAAAGAAGAAGGCGAUCGUGCUUGUAGCGACUAGUGGUGACACAGGGAGCGCAGCCAUCCACAGUGUCAAGAAGAUGGCGAAUGCGGACAUCAUUGUGCUCUACCCGAAAGGGCGUUGCACUCACGUCCAGGAACUACAGAUGACUACAGUUCAAAGCCCCAAUGUUCACGUAUUUGCUGCGGAGGGGACUUCUGAUGAUCUGGAUGAAGUCAUGCUGGCAGUCACAUCGGAUUCCGCCUUUGCUGAAGCACACGGGCUGCUAAUCUUCAACAGCAUUAAUGUUGGUCGCAUCUUAUGCCAGAUCCCCAUGUACUUUUGUGCCUACUACCAUCUUUGUGAUGUUGAGACCAUGGAGCCGCUGGAAGUCGUCGUUCCGACAGGAGCCUGUGGCAGCAUCACAGCGGGAACAAUUGCAGCUAAAAUGGGACUCCCAAUUAAAAUUGUGGCAUGCACCAACAAGAAUGAUGUUGUGACUCGUUGCAUCCAGAAUGCUGAGUUCUCUCAGGAGUCGCAAGUUCAUCAUACAUAUGCUUCAGCAAUGGAUAUACAAUGUCCAUACAACAUGGAAAGAAUCUUGCAUCUGUUCUGUGAUGGAGAUGGAGGUUUGGUACAAGACGUGAUGGGAGCCUUUGAGUCGCAAGGAAAAACUGUCAUUCCCCCUCAUGUACAUGCCUCUUUGAAGGAUGUCAUUCCUGAAUCCUAUUCUGCCAGUGAUAAGGAGAUCCUGAAAACUAUGAAGAGAUGCUGGGAUGAGAAUUCAUAUGCCAUAUGCCCUCAUACAGCCACUGGUGUUUCCUUUCACUAUACGCAUAGGCACAGGAAACAUGUCAAGAAGACAUUCUACACGACCAUGAUGAUGACCAGCAAUGCUGAGAAUGAUGACCCUUCAAAGGCAUUGCCAGAACGUUUCAAGGUGAGGAUGCCUAGGAAAGAUGCCAGAGCAAGUAAUUCCGAUUCUGGACCUAUACAAUCUCCUCUUCCUUGA